CAGCUCAAAAUAACUUGGGACCUGUGAGCUGACAAAUGCUCUGGCUCCGGUGGUGACAGGUUGUCCAGCUUCUUACAGCCAUCUUCACUGAAACUAAGGUUAACUCCUCACUCUCUAUGGACGGCUACUCUCUACUUCCAAGGGCGUGAAGAAAUUUCCUUUUUUCCUGUGCUUUCAUCUAAAAGUUCUCCUUGGAUAAUUAUCAUCGCAGUGGAGUGCCUGGGUUGGACAUCCCCAUCUGGGUCAACUAAAAAAAGAAAGCAUGCAAGACGACAGCAUAGAAGCUUCUACUUCCAUAUCUCAACUUCUAAGAGAAAGUUAUUUAGCUGAAACCAGACAUCGUGGAAACAACGAGAGGAGUCGAGCAGAACCUUCCUCUAACCCUUUCCAUUUUGGUAGUCCUUCUGGGGCUGCUGAAGGAGCAGGAGGCCAAGAUGACCUUCCAGAUCUUUCAGCCUUUCUGAGUCAAGAAGAAUUAGAUGAAAGUGUCAAUCUGGCAAGAUUGGCAAUCAAUCAUGAUCCUUUGGAGAAAACAGAUGAAGCUCAAACUAGAAAACGUCUAGCUUCUGAUCAGAUGAAACACUCAUCUAAAUCAAGUUUUGAGCCUAACUUCUGUCAGGAUAACCCUCGAAGUUCUACCAGCUCUAAAGAGGGCCCCCAGGAAGCAAAAAGACCACAGUAUAGUUCUGAAACCCAAUCCAAAAAAGUAUUCCUAAAUAAGGCAGCCGAUUUCAUUGAGGAGCUUUCUUCCCUUUUCAAGGCCCAUAGCUCCAAAAGGAUUAGACCUCGUGCCUGCAAAAACCACAAGAGUAAAUUGGAAUCUCAAAACAAAGUUAUGCAGGAAAACAGCCCCAGUUUCUCAGAUCUGUCAGAAAGACGAGAAAGAUCUUCUGUUCCCAUCCCUAUCCCUACAGAUACCAGGGACAAUGAAGUGAAUCAUGCCCUUGAACAGCAGGAAGCCAAGAGGCGUGAAGCUGAGCAGGCUGCCAAUGAGGCAGCUGGUGGAGACACCACCCCAGGGUCUUCGCCUUCAUCUUUAUACUACGAAGAACCUCUGGGGCAACCUCCCCGGUUCACUCAAAAGUUACGAAGCAGAGAAGUUCCUGAAGGAUCCCGAGUACAGUUGGAUUGCAUAGUGGUAGGAAUUCCACCUCCUCAAGUAAGGUGGUACUGUGAAGGGAAGGAGCUUGAAAAUUCCCCAGACAUUCACAUCGUCCAGGCAGGAAAUCUGCAUUCUCUGACCAUUGCUGAAGCCUUUGAAGAGGACACAGGACGCUACUCCUGCUUUGCUUCCAACAUCUAUGGGACAGAUUCAACUUCUGCUGAGAUUUAUAUAGAAGGAGUUUCUUCUUCUGAUUCAGAAGGGGACCCUAACAAGGAGGAGAUGAAUCGAAUCCAGAAGUCAAAUGAGGUGUCAUUACCUCCUACUACCUCUGCCGCCAUUCCUCCAGCAGUGCCCCAAGCCCAGCAUUUGGUGGCCCAGCCCAGAGUGUCAACCAUCCAGCAGUGUCAGAGUCCUACCAACUAUUUGCAAGGAUUGGAUGGAAAACCUAUCAUUGCAGCUCCCGUGUUUACAAAGAUGCUACAAAAUUUGUCAGCCUCUGAGGGUCAGCUGGUUGUCUUUGAAUGCAGAGUAAAAGGAGCUCCAUCUCCUAAAGUUGAGUGGUACAGAGAAGGGACCUUGAUAGAAGAUUCUCCAGAUUUUAGGAUUUUACAGAAAAAACCUCGAUCCAUGGCAGAGCCAGAGGAGAUCUGCACUUUGGUCAUUGCUGAGGUGUUUGCAGAAGACUCUGGUUGCUUCACAUGUACUGCAAGCAACAAAUAUGGCACAGUGUCAAGCAUUGCCCAGCUGGACGUGAGAGGAAAUGAAGACCUCAGCAAUAACGGGUCUCUUCACUCCACCAACUCCACCACCAACCUGGCUGUUCUUGAUCAACAGCCAUCCCCACCCAACCCAGAGCCUCCUUCUGUGGAACAGCCCCCCAAACCCAAACUUGAAGGGGUUCUGGUGAACCAUAAUGAGCCCCGGUCCAGCUCCAGGAUUGGGCUCCGUGUGCACUUCAACCUGCCUGAAGAUGACAAAGGAAGUGAAGCAUCCUCUGAGGGUGGAGUUGCAACCACCAACCAGACCAGGCCCGAUUCCUUCCCUGAGAGGUUCAAUGGACAGGCCACAAAAAUCCCAGAGCCUUCCUCACCUGUCAAAGAGCCCCCUCCAGUUCUGGCCAAACCCAAACUUGAUUCCACUCAGUUACAACAACUUCAUAACCAAGUCUUACUAGAACAACAACACUUGCAAAACCCAUCUCCUUCAUCGCCCAAAGAGUUUCCUUUCAACAUGAGUGUUUUGAACUCUGUGGCUCCCCCGGCAGUGACCACCUCCAGCAAGCAGGUGAAGGCUCCUGCAUCACAGACAUUCAGCUUGGCCCGGCCGAAGCAUUUCUUCCCCUCCUCAAGUACCACCGCAGCAACUGUGUCCCCAUCCAGCUCUCCAGUGUUCACCUUGAGCAGCACUCCCCAAACUAUUCAGAGGACAGUGAGCAAAGAAAGUCUCUUAAUUUCUCACCCCUCUGUGCAAACCAAAUCUCCAGGUGCCGUUUCCAUCCCCAAAGAGCCACCCCCUCCAGGCCCAGCAGAGCCAGCACCGGCACCACUUGCCUUUUCCAUCCCCAGUGGAAACCAGUUUCAGCCCCACUGUGUGUCCCCAACUCCUGUCUCUCCCACCAACCGGAUUCAGAACCCAGUGGCUUUUCUGAGCUCUGUUCUGCCAUCUCUCCCUGUCAUCCCACCCACCAAUGCCAUGGGACUGCCUAAAAGUGCACCAUCCGCGCCGUCCCAGGGAUUAAUGAAGAAAAAUACAAAGUCUCCUCAACCAAUGAGCGAUGAUUACAUUCGUGAAACUAAGAAUGCAGUGAUCCUAGACUUGGGGAAAAAAAUGAGUUUCAGUGAUGUCAGAUCAAACCAGCAGGAGUACAAAAUUUCAAGCUUUGAACAGAGGUUGAUGAAUGAAAUAGAGUUUCGGUUGGAACGAACGCCUGUUGAUGAAUCAGACGAUGAAAUUCAACAUGAUGAGAUCCCCACCGGCAAGUGUAUUGCUCCCAUCUUUGACAAAAGACUCAAGCACUUCCGGGUUACAGAAGGCUCUCCAGUCACAUUCACCUGCAAAAUUGUUGGCAUACCUGUUCCAAAGGUGUACUGGUUCAAAGAUGGGAAGCAGAUUUCUAAGAGAAAUGAACACUGCAAAAUGAGGCGAGAAGGAGAUGGGACAUGUUCUCUGCACAUUGAAUCCACCACCAGUGAUGACGAUGGCAACUACACCAUCAUGGCCGCCAACCCCCAGGGGAGAAUCAGCUGUUCUGGCCACUUGAUGGUACAGAGUUUGCCCAUUCGCAGUCGACUAACUCCUGCUGGUCAGUCUCACAGGGGAAGGUCCCGAGUGCAAGAAAGAGACAAAGAGCCUCUACAGGAACGCUUUUUCCGACCACAUUUUCUGCAGGCUCCUGGGGAUAUGGUAGCUCAUGAGGGGCGCCUCUGUCGGCUGGACUGUAAGGUGAGUGGCUUACCGCCCCCAGAGCUGACGUGGCUGCUCAAUGGCCAACCUGUGCUACCAGAUGCCUCCCACAAGAUGCUGGUCAGGGAGACGGGAAUCCACUCUCUGCUCAUUGACCCACUCACCCAACGUGAUGCGGGGACCUAUACGUGUGUGGCUACCAACAAAACUGGGCAGAAUUCCUUUAGUCUGGAGCUCACUGUAGUAGCAAAAGAGGUGAAGAAAGCACCUGUGAUCCUGGAGAAACUGCAAAAUAGUGGCGUUCCUGAGGGCCACCCUGUGAGACUGGAGUGCCGUGUGAUAGGCAUGCCCCCCCCUGUGUUCUACUGGAAAAAAGACAACGAGACCAUCCCUUCCACCAGAGAGAGGAUCAGUAUGCACCAGGACACAACAGGAUAUGUCUGCCUCCUCAUUCAGCCAGCCAAGAAAUCAGAUGCUGGAUGGUAUACGUUAUCAGCCAAAAAUGAAGCUGGCAUCGUGUCAUGCACUGCUCGGUUGGAUAUAUACGCUCAGUGGCACCAGCAGAUCCCAGCACCCAUGUCCAUCCGGCCCAGUGGCAGUCGCUAUGGAUCUCUCACCAGUAAAGGACUUGACAUUUUCUCUGCCUUUUCCUCCAUGGAAAGCACAAUGGUGUAUUCAUGCUCUUCUCGGAGUGUAGUGGAAAGUGAUGAACUUUAAAGAUGUCUGGGUGCCUGCUGUGAAAGGGGGCAGACUGUGGAGGGGGAAGUAAGGGCCAGUCACAGCAGUUUCUAAGCAACUGGAUUUGAGUGAGUUCCCAUGCUGCUGGACCUGUGGCAAGAAGUGCUUUGAAUAAGUUGGCUGGGACUCUUGCAGUCUCAGGAGAGGGGGAGCUAUAGGGCUGUGCCUCGUAAAGAUUCCAACAAAAGAGUGAACAAUACAGAUGAACCAAAGAUGUCAUACUGCUGCCAUCUACUACUUUGGGAAAAGACUAGCAUGCUCCCUGUCCCCAUUAUGUUAGGGAUGUUUAGGCCCUACUAGGAGCAGUUUAGGGGCCAUAUGCCUGGGCUGAGAGGAGUUAGACAGUAGUGACCUUAGGAUAUAACUAAUUCAUCCAGCAAUCAAAAAGGUGGGGACAUCACUGUCACCUUUCAUUGGUUACAUUUAUAGUAGUAGUUUUGGUGAACUCAUUAAAUCACUUAGCAUUAGGAGAUCAUACCAUACAAAUCUCACAUGUGGUGAAACUUUUGAUUUGCAUAUCCUGGGUGUAUAUGAGCCAUAUAAUAAGGUGCCAAAAUGGGCUUGAGAUAUGAAAAAAAUUCACCUGAGCAUUCAAUGUUGCACUGUGCACUUAUUCUGUGGCCAAAACAGGAUCCCACCAGCCUGUCUGCACCAUUUGCUUUGGAAUGGUGACUGAUUUUUUUCUUUCAGACUUUGCAUCUCUAGACUCUGAAACUAAAGGGUUUUGUUAAUAAACCAAUGGAGGAAAAAAAAAAUCUUCUGCAGGGUCACUUUAAAAACUAUAAGCUGUAGUUGCCACCUGCAAAAUGUGCCGGAAUUGUCUUCAUCAUUUGCCCGUAAAAUACCACCCAGUAUGUUCCUACUCCCUCUCAAAAGUCUGGAAGUGUAGAAGGCAAUAAGGAAGGAAGAGAUGCAGACAAGAUGAGAAAUGAUGGGAGAGUACUGACUUUCCAUUUACCACAGCAGAGAAGUGGUUGUGGAAUGAGAGGUCUUUAAUAACUGUGAGCUGCUUUGAGAUCAUUGCUCAAGUGGCAUUUUCUACAUAGAAAACAUUACACUAACCAGGAAAGCGGAGGGAAAGGGAAAUGGGCAUCUUUAUUCUAAUCCACCUAUUCAAAACUUCCCUCUCAAUUUAAGGAAUUUUUAGACUUAAGAUCACAGUGAUAUCCCUAGUGCCUAGAAAAGUGCCUAGUACAAAGUAGACAGGCAAUCAACACUUGCUGGAUGAGUGAACCUAUUAGACACAGGAAUCUACAGUCCAAAAACUGCCUUAGGAAUUGUCAUCACAGCAUAUUUCGUUCCAGGCUCACCAGGGAAAUGAAUUGGAGGUAUCUGUUAUUGAUUCCCCUUGCUCAAAUCUCUGGUGUUCUCUGUCACGCCCCCUCAGCGGGCAUCUUACUUAAGUGAGUUAGAAAUAGUCAUUGCUUAGAAAGGCUUGAAACUUUCUUUGCUUUAAGGCAAGAAAUUUCCAGAAUAAAAAUAAAUUCAUUCACUCAAAAAAUCCUUCGUGUGUCUACUCUAUAUAAGAUACCAUGGUAGAUACUGUGGGAGAUACAAAAAUAUGAAUAAGACACAGACCUGCCCUCAGAAGCUUGCAAUCUAAUAGAAGGGGUAAUAUUUAAGGCAUGUGGAUGUUUCAUGAGGCAAAGAUCUGUUAUUUAGCAAACAAAAGGUUCUAGUUCUCUUCAUCCUAUUUUUUCAUAACUUUAAAAAUCUCUAUUUUUAGUCUUGAUUUCUUAAUUUUAAAAAAUUCCAUAGGUUGUAUCCGUGAGAAAUAAAGACUUCAAUCAAUUAUGUUCAGCAGAACUAUUAGGUUUUUGUUUCCUUUUUAAUGUAUGCUGUAACAGUAGUAAACUUUAAUGGAAUAGAAUGUGUCUUGUAUAUCCUGUAAAAUGUUUCUGUGUCAGUUUCUAUUAUGAAUUCUCAUAGCCAAGAAGUACUUCAUGACUCGGAGAUUGCUUCUGGAUUGUACACCUGACAUCCCCAUUGCAUAUACUUUUGUAAGCCCUAGACAGUUCUCCCAUGGGGGGAUAUUCUUCAUCUCUCUGUCUUAGCUUUCUGAAUUAUUUUUAUCAGUCCUCUAUCUAGGAUAAGUAUUACAGUUGGCCACUAGAUGGCGCUGCCUCACCCAAAAUAUAGCGAACCUUAAAAUUCCUGAAAUUUGAGCUAUUGGAUUAUGUUAAAGUAGGGUUUCUAAUCUUGGGUAGUAUUGACCUUGGGGGUUGGAUAAUUUGUUGUGGAGGGGGACUGACCUGUGUAUUGGAGGAUACUUAGCAGCAUCCCUAGCUUCUACCCACUAGGUGCCCAUAGCAGCCCCACCCCAAGUGGCAACCCCAAACGGUUCUGCACAAUGCUAUAUGUGUGAAGAAUCGGCACAUAUGUGAUAGAAUCCCGUUUUGUUGAGAACACUGUGUUAAACACAUCAGUGCCCUGCUUUAAAUAAUUCUAUUAGAAUUCAAUUACAGGGCUGGGGAUAUAGUUCAGUUGGUAGAGUGCUUGCCUCCCAAGCACAAGGCCCAGGGUUCAAAUCCCCAGCACC